UCAAAAAUAAAGAAUAUUACAGUUUGAUUAGAAAAGUCAAAAUGCAAGAAAUAUAUUUUAAAAUAAACAUUACCAUUCAAAAUGAAUUUUAUUUGUGUGUACCAGAACUCCAGAAGUACGCAGGUGUACUGUAUACAUUCUGGCUUAUAGUUUCAAUCGGGCGAAAGGGAAGAAGAAUGAGUUUAGCAUCCAAGACCGUUUGCGUUACAGGAGCUUCAGGCUACAUAGCCUCAUGGAUUGUCAAGUUCUUGCUCCAGCGUGGCUACACUGUCAAAGCCACCGUUCGGUUUCCUGAUGACCCUAAGAGGACAGAACACUUACUUUCCCUCGAUGGAGCUAAGGAGAGACUUCACUUAUUCAAGGCAGAUUUAUUGAAAGAAGGCUCAUUUGACUCAGUAGUUGAUGGGUGUGAAGGUGUAUUUCAUACAGCCUCUCCUUUCUAUCACAAUGUCAAGGACCCACAGGUGGAGUUGAUUGAUCCAGCUGUGAAGGGGACACUCAACGUUCUUGGUUCAUGUGCAAAAACACCAACUGUCCGGAGAGUGGUUUUGACCUCUUCUAUUGCUGCUGUUUCUUACAAUGGAAAGCCACGGACUCCUGAGGUUGUAGUUGAUGAGACCUGGUGGUCCAGUCCAGAUUUCUGCAAAGAAAUGGAGAUGUGGUAUGUUCUUUCAAAAACAUUGGCUGAGAAGGCUGCUUGGGAAUUUGUGAAGCAGAAGGGUAUGGAUAUGGUAACAAUAAACCCAGCAAUGGUUAUCGGUCCCCUUUUGCAGCCAACAUUGAAUACAAGUUCUGCUGCAAUCUUGAAUUUGAUAAAUGGUGCAGAGACGUAUCCCAAUCUUUCAUUUGGAUGGAUCAAUGUCAAAGAUGUUGCCAAUGCACAUAUUCUAGCCCUUGAGAAUCCUUCAGCUGAAGGAAGAUACUGUUUAGUUGAGCAAGUUGCACACUACUCAGAGAUUGUGAAAAAAUUACUUCAGCUUUAUCCAACUCUUAGACUUCCGGAGAAAUGUGCGGACGACAAGCCAUUUGUGCCUCUAUACCAGGUGUCAAAAGAAAGGGCCAAAAACUUGGGGGUCGUAUUUACUCCCCUGGAAGAAAGCCUCAAGGAAACUGUCGAAAGUUUGAAGGAGAAGGGAUUCUUUGGAGCCUCUUCCGCAGCCGUGUGAUAACGAUAAAUAUUUCCCCGUUAUUUUCCGCUUACUUGCUUUUAAUUCCAUGGCCCUUCCUUUUAGUGAAUUUCUAAAGAUUAAGGUUUCCUUUCCAUCACAUGCAAGAAUUUGUUUGUGAUAAAACGGAAUUCAGUUUGAAUAUUGCUGCUCUAGUGGUUUUAAAAAGAUUUUUUCCCAGAAUAAUUCCAACUAUCUGAUUUUAAAUAAUUCUAGCGACUAUGUCUAUCUCACAAAUAAAUUCACUUGUCCAAA